AUGGCAGAAAGCAUCCAACAGGAGGCACUAGAGCAGUUUAAACUUGUCACUGGUGUAAAUCCAGGAGAAGAAGAAGAAGAACAGGAAGAUGUCAAACUCAAGAUCCUGCGCUUAUUGACGAUCCACGACUAUGACGUGAACAAUGCCGUGUCAACUUAUUUCGACACUGGCUUCGAGAGCGUCGAGAAUCCGGCAUUCACACCUACAGCAGAAGAAAGCAGUGCCAGCACUUCGGCAUUGGACACGUCCGGUUUCUUGGAUGCCAUCCCCGAUGAAGAAAUGACCCACCGCUCGUCUUCCAGCUCUUCGGCUCGACGUGAAAUGAUCAAUUUGCAGAAUCAAAUGAUUAUGAACUCGCUCAUACCGAGACUACCUAAAGCACCACAAAUCUCGAUGCGAUGGCAGUUGGAUGUGGGCAUUUACAGUUCCUUGAUUCAUGAUCGAGAAGAAAAGUUGAAAAAGGAGAAGAAGGAGCAGCAGGAGGAUGAUAAAGACAAAGACAAAGACAACGACGACGACUUGAAUGAAAAGACGAGACAGGUGUACAAUGAAAAGAAGGAGAAAAAGCCCCAACCCAAACCGAGAUCUGCCUCGAGUAUGAUUCACACGUUGUGGUUCAUACUAAUGCUUAUACCCAAAAAUUUCCUACUGAUGCUCAUCACCUCGAUCAAUUUCUUGUUUGGCUUUGGAUGGAGUGAUGACGAUGGCAGCAGUUUCCAAAAAUCGGGCUUGCUGUUUAAUUUUGACAAUUUCCACCCCAAUUACAAAUUCUUGAACAAGAUUUCAAAGCCCACGGUUGAAAAGUAUUCCCUUGCAGAAUCCGAAUUCAACAAUGUGCUCAAGUCGUGCCAGACAGAUUACCACUGGUUGUUUGUGAUCUUGACCAACGACUCAUCCGAGGGAGCAAACUUUGUGGAACUGCUCUUGCACAAUGAAACGUUUCAACUGUUGUUCAGCAAAUCCAAGGGCAGCAGCAGUUAUGACACCACCAAGAUUUUCGUUGGCAAUGUCGAUCGGUGCCCCGAGGCAUUUGAAGUGGCGAAAACUUAUAAAGUCAAGAAAUUGCCCUACGUGAUGCUCGUGGCCAACGUUUCUCCCGCACACGAUAUAAUGCCAUCAAUGUCCAUCGUUUAUAAAUCAAACUUGUCGCGACAGUUUAUAACGGGGGACGAACUAGAGAUUACCAUUCCAAAGAUUGUCAAGCAUUUGAGUCGAAAUUGUGAAAAAUUCAACCCGCAGUUGGUAUCUGCACGAUACGACAAACAAGAAAUGGAUUUCAGUCGAAUGAUUAGACAGCAACAGGAUGACGCCUAUGAAGAAUCACUUGUCAAAGACCGGGUUAAGAAAAAGCAGCGUGAAGAUGAGUUGAAAUCACAACGCGAGGCUGCAAGCUUGGUGAAUAUCAAGCGUUGGCUCUUGCUCGACUUGUUCAAGUCUGGUUUCCUUGACAAGUCCACCAAGGAUGGCGAGGAGAAAAGAAUGAGAGUAGCGGUUAAACUACCCAGUGGGAAACGAAUAGUUGACCAGUUUAAUAAAAACUUGACUAUCGUGGACUUCUACGUAUUUAUUGAGCUAAAGUUAUUUGUGGAGGAAUUGGUGACUGAAGUAGGGUCAGAAACAAAAUUGACCGAGCAAGUGGACUCCUUGAUGGAAGAGCUUGAAAUUAUGGAGCAUGUCAGGGAAAAGUUCACUACCGUUUAUGAGUAUUUUGCUGAAUACGAUUUCAAAUUCGACAUUGUACAGCCAUACCCAAAGAAAUUGAUCAAAGCUGAUGACUCCGUGGUUAUUGGAGAUGCGCCAGAUUUCAAAGGCGCCAAUUUCCUAGUGGAAUAUAAAAUGGAAGAUGAUGAAAGUGAAGAGGAGGAGUAA